GAGCGACCGUUGGAGUUGGUUGAGGGGGUAGAACCAAGAUGGCGGCGGCUGGAGGCGGAGGCGACUUAGACGGCGGGGGGCAAGGCGCUCCGGAGAGUGGCGUCGCCCUGGGCGCGGAAGGCGAGGCCGGGGCGGAGGCGGAGCCCGACUCGGAGGUCUUCUCCUGCGUGGCCCACUGCUCCGAGCUGGCCUGCCGGCAGAACGAGCAACGGCGCCUGGGCCUGUUCUGUGACGUCACGUUGGCCUUCGGCGGCGGCGGGGAGAGCGGCGGCGUGGGCGGGGCCUCCCCGCGCGCGGACCCGCCCCCUCGCGAGUUCCGUGCGCACCGCUCGGUCCUGGCCGCCGCCACCGAAUACUUCGCGCCUCUGCUUUCGGGGGAUUUCGCCGAGUCCCGCUCGGGUCGCGUGGAGCUGCGCAAAUGGAGCUCCGAGGCCGGGCCGGAUCCCGAGACGGUGGAAGCUGUCAUCAGCUUCAUGUACACGGGCCGCGUCCGCGUCAGCCCCAGCAACGUCCAUGAGGUCCUAGAGCUGGCCGACAGGUUUUUACUGCUACGUUUGAAAGAUUUCUGUGGAGAGUUCCUCAAGAAGAAGCUGAGUCUCUCCAACUCUGUGGCGAUCCAUAGCUUGGCUCACAUGUACUCUUUAAACCAGUUGGCUUUAAAAGCUGCUGACAUGAUCAGGAGGAAUUUCUACAAAGUCAUUCAAGAUGAGGAGUUCUACACUUUGCCAUUCCACCUCAUAAGAGACUGGCUUUCAGACAUAGAAAUCACUGUAGACUCAGAAGAAGUUCUCUUUGAGAUGGUUGUAAAGUGGGUUCAAAGAAAUCCUGAUGAAAGAGAGAAGUACUUUGGGGAACUCUUUAAGCUGCUCCGUUUAUCACAAAUGAAACCCACUUAUUUGACCCGACAUGUCAAAUCUGAAAGACUUGUUUGCAGCAAUGAAAUGUGCCUCAAACUUGUGUCAGAAGCUGUGGAAAGCCAUGCACUCAGAGCUGAGAAUUUGCUGUUAGGGACCCACCAACAAGUGGCUUCCUCCAUAACCUCACUGCCUCGCUUUGGGCAAAACAUGGAUGUCAUCAUGGUCAUUGGUGGCGUAUCUGAGGGAGGUGACUACUUGAGUGAGUGUGUGGGGUAUUUUAUUGAUGAAGAUAGGUGGGUGAACUUGCCACAUAUACAUAAUCAUCUUGAUGGACAUGCUGUUGUAGUAACAGAAUCCUAUGUUUAUGUAGCAGGUUCCAUGGAGCCUGGCUUCGCCAAGACUGUGGAAAGGUACAACCCAAAUCGAAAUGUUUGGGAGCAGGUUUCCAAUCUCAUAACAAGAAAGCAUUCUUUUGGCCUCACAGAGGUAAAGGGGAACUUGUAUAGCAUAGGUGGGCAUGGGAAUUUUAUUCCUGGGUUCAAAGAUGUAGCAGUCUACCACCCUGAUCAAGACAAAUGGCACAAUUUGGAAUCUGCGCCAAAGAUACUUCGGGAUGUUAAAGUGAUCACCGUCGAUGACAGGUUUGUUUACAUGGCUGCCCGCACACCUGUUGAUGGGGAUAAUGAAGAGGGCUUAAGGAGUGUGAUUGUUCGAUAUGAUGCAGAUGCAAGACAGUGGCAGGAUUCUGAGUCUCUGCCUCUUCUUGACAACUAUUGCUGUUUUCAGAUGGCUGUGGCCAACACCAACUUUUACCACACCGCCUCAUGUUGCCCCAGAAGUUAUUCCCUAGAUCAUGAAGAGGUCAAGAGGAAGAUCUCUGGCCAGGUAUCCGAUGACAUUCUGGAAAGCUUGCCACCAGAGGUGCUUAGCAUUGAGGGGGCAGCUGUCUGCUAUUUUAAAGAUGAUGUCUUCAUCAUAGGUGGGUGGAAAAAUAGUGAUGACACAGACAAACAAUACAGGAAAGAAGCUUACCGCUAUUGUGCUGAGAGGAAACGAUGGCUGCUUCUCCCUCCUAUGCCCCAGCCACGCUGCCGUGCUACAGCCUGUCACGUAAGAAUCCCCUUCCGGUCCUUGCAUGGUACCCAGCGAUAUCCGAUGCCACAAAACCUAAUGUGGCAAAAGGACCGGAUUAGGCAGAUGCAAGAGAUUCACCGUCAUUCCUUAAGUUUGCGGAGAAUGCCACGGUCCCAGAUUGAGUGCUAACACAAAUAAAUAGGAGUUUGAGAAAAGCCUGUCUGCAUUGCCACACAAAUCAUGGACUUUCAACAGUAACCUGAGUUGCUCCAUGUAAGCAAUGGUGAUUGUUGUAGGAGAGCUAGCCCUCUAGUAGUUAAACAAUUUACCAGGAUUACAAGCACCACAGGAAUACUUCAGGUAUAUUAGCCAUAACAUGGAGGUAGGCACACUUACAAAAUUCCAAAAGCUUUUAGCUUUUACCAUGGAUGAGAUGCAAAGUCAAAAUUUAGCAAAAUAAUUUGUAGAUAUGUCCAGGAAGUAUAGUAAUCCAGCACAGUUUCUUCCCUCCUUUUCUCAGAAAAUUCUGUAUUAAGAUAUAUUUCUUCCAGUCAGGGAUGAAAGGAUUUCCCCAAGUAUUGGAGGCUCUCACUCCUCUUUAAAGUAUUUAUAUUAAGCAUGUGAAGAAAUACAUUUCUACUUGUUUUAAAAGAUAGUUAAUAUAACACUUGUUUCAAAGUUGCUUUUUUUUAAAGCUAUCUUUUUGCGUUUUCAUUUUUUAAAAAAUCAGCAAUUGCUGUGGGUCUGCUUGUUUCUCGUUGAGUCAUGUGCAAUAGUUAAAGAAUGAGCCCCUAUAUAAUGAGGAGUAAAGCACAAACCUUUUAGAGAACUUCUAAACGUUCCAUACUUAUAAAUGUUUUAUAGUUGUAUUUACCUAGAAUGCUUGUGUUUACAAAGAAGUUAUUUGCAAAAGCACUACUUUUUAAUGGUUGGAUACUUAGUCCUAUCUUUAAAAGUUUCAUCAUAAUUAAGGUGUCUCUACUUUGAAGUAGUCCCAUUGAUUAAAAAAAAUUUACUGUGUAAAUGGUUUUGGAUUGUGGCCUUAAAAUAAUGAAUGGAAAGACCAAAAAGUUGAAUACUACAUAGCCAAAUUCAUAAUUUGAAGGAAUUAGGGAUUAAUUGAUGCAGGGAUGAAGCUAAAUGCUUUUGUGUUUGUGUUUAAGUAAUAAGAGUAAAUCUGACUUUAAAAAAAAGACCACUCAACCUGCCUUUGACAAUCAAAUCUCUUUGCCUUCAUGGUAUGCCAUUCCUUUUUUUGGACUUGUGUCUGAAUACUUGACACUUUGGAUAGAGCAGAACUUUUCUUCCAUUUUAAUAGCAAGGAUCCUCAUUUCCCUUAACGUUUUACUUGCCUUUUGGAAGCAAAUGAAAUUCAUUCUUGGAGAGCAAGUUGUACUGGUAGGUGUCCUCUGUUGCCCUUCCCCCCCCCCUUAGUUUAGCAAAAUCCUAUUUUUCCAGAUUGACAAUAUUUAAUAGGAUACGGAGAGAAGGUAAAAAAAAUAUUUUUGAGCAAUUGCUAAAUUUUGAAAUGUCACUGAAUUCUUCUGCAGGCAGAAAAAUUAUAUGGUAAAGGAUUCAUAAAACUCUUCCAUUUAACCUAAGAUGAUCCAACAAAGUUUUGAUUUUAUUUUUGAUAAUUCUAUCCUUUAGGUUCAGUAUGCAUCACAUCUACCAAUGCAUUACGUAGUUUUCCAAGGCAAUUCCUCAGAGGAUUUCCCUCGGUUUCAUCUGUGCUUUAUUUGAUCCCCUCCCCUGAUUUUGGUGUUUUUUGUCAAAUAGAUUUUGAUGAUUUUUGUCCUCAUAUUGUUCACUGCACUAAUUGCUCCAAGGGCCAUUGUCCAUUUAGGUCAGUCAUUCUGUCUAAUAUGAACAAUUGGGGAUAGGUGUGCUUUUCUCAUACCACACCACACUGUGAAGAACUUACGAGAGAGUGGUAGUAAUAGUGUAUCAUUUGUGGGGCAGGGCAGCAGUAGCAGAUGAAGAAUACCCAAAAUAUAAUUGAUUUCAUCUAUAAAGGAACUUUCUAUAAAGGAUCUUAAUGUUUUCUUUCCCUGAAUUCUAGUCUUCCUGUAAUUAGUUUCUCACUUGUUUAACCAGUUGAGGUUUACACCUGGGCGCGUCAAGAUGAGACAGAGAGGUUGAAUUCACCUUAUGAGAGAUCUGUAUUGACCAGCAUUAUUAUGAAAACUCAUUAUAUUAGUGAUGUUUCAAAUAGUCAAUAUCAGUGUCUUAAAUUUAGGAAAGCACUUAGGUUUUUUUAAAAGAAAAUAUUACUUUAAGGACUGACCAUUCUUGUUUUCCAAUUUAGCAAGAAGCCUAGUGUCUGAAAUCUGGGGGUAAGUCUUUCAACUGCAUGGGUGUGCACAGGUUUUCUUGAUUGGUUUUUGUUCUUCUAAUAUUACCUUUUACAAUAUAAACUUGGGUUAGAAACUUGUGUGCAUUAAAUAACUGUCUAAUUCAAGUUCACACUAAUGCAGCCUAAUUACUCAAGAAAUCCACACAUUUAACAAUUAUACUCAAAGAUAUAUUGUAUGUAUAACCAGCCAGCUACUUAUGGAGAAUAUAGAUGUUUCAGAAUGAACCUGUUGAAAACCCACUGACACUGAAAGUCCAAAGCUGUUAGGCUCUAUGCCGACCUACUCAAACCACUAGCGCAAAUGUUGUAAUUAAGAAAAUAAGAACUUUAACAUUAGUUGUGGGCAUUUUUGUAUGGAAAAAACUAAGGGAGUGUCGUUUUCUGAAGUCUGAAUUUCCUGCUGAGACCUCUCACAGCUUCAGAAUUAGUAGAGUUCAGUUGCAGAAAGCAAGAACAAUUAAAGCUGUUUCAGUUUGUAGUAUAAAUGUGACCAUACUUGUCUUUGCGAAUGAAAAGCAAUACAAGUUUUGAGACUUCUUGAAAUGUAUGUUUGGCCUGCAGUGCAAAGUGGUUGAUAAUUUCCAUGACUGUAUUGAUUAGUAUUAAUUUACAUACCUAAACAACGGUUCAAUUUGGCUGGUCAGCUUUGCUUUUUAAAAUUAACUUGUCAGCCACAUUUGAUGUUGCUUGUGAAUGCCAGUCACUUAAUAGUAUACAGAUGUCUACAUGCCUUGCUUGGAGAUUUCUGUUUGCAUGGAGAGUAAAGAGCACUCUAGAAAACAAUCCCAUUGUGCCACAUGUAGUGUCAGAUGUUGGAAAUUCUUAAUGUCAAAUCUCGAUGUUAGGCUACUAACCUGCUUCCAUGUUCAGGGUGCCUCUCAGCUCUUGUUUAGCACAGCCCUUGUGCUGCAUGCAAAAAGUCUUGUCUUGCUUUUGUCAUGUCAUUCCUUGUCAAAAUAAAGCAGUCGCCUGACAAAAGAAAUCCUCAAAUGGAACACCCAAACUAUGUUCCCACAUAGCAAAGGUUCACAACCCUAGGUUAUGUUCCUAAGUAUAGCUGAGAACUAGGGAAUGUUUCAAAGCACUGUCUUAGAUACUGUUUUACUGGAGUCAGUGGGACCUGCAAGAAAAAAUAGGAAUAAGCUGCUAGGCUUAAACAAGAGUACUGUUACCAGAAACACAAAAGGCUUCCAGGAAAUUGCAGUUGUUUUGCAGAAUAACCAAACAUGCCAGCUGCAAAACUGCACUAAUUCUCAGCUAUGACAGAAUGCAUGUCUCGUACUGCUUUCCUCUCGUGACACUAGUGGAGUAGGGUAGAUCUUUCGAUGGUGCCUGAGCUGACACUGUUACUGAAUAAAUACUGUCUGUAGAUUAUUCAUAUUUGUCUAUAAUCUUCCUAUUACUAGAUGCAAAUUUGUUUGUGUGUAUGUGUGUUUCAGCAAGGGUCACCUUUAACCAAUGAAGGUAACAAAGAUACCAAUACAAUUUUAUUCAGGUAAUACUUGCAAAAUUGUCACAGAUGGUUAUCACUGCAGCCUCUACCACAGAGGACAAAUUAUACAAAAAAGGUACCCCUAUUUGCAGUUGAUGGCCCAUGUUCAGCAGGUUACACAGAAUGUCAUUGGUAUCAGCACCUACCAUAUUAUGCAAGCAUGAACUGUGCCAAUUGCCUUUUCCCCUUCAAGAGACAUAUGGUACUGUAGCUGUUUAGAUAAGAACAGAAGCAGCAAGGUUACUUUUACAGUUUCCAUACUUAUCCAAGGCCCAUGAUGGACUGAAACAAGAUUUUAGCUCUUGUUCCAGUUCUUCAUACUUACAAAGUCAUUUCUAGAGAGGUGUAAUAUUCUCACACAUGCAGGAAGUUUUGGAGAAAGGCAGAAGCAGUUAAAGAGAUACCUGUCAAAGACUGGUGAUGUUUUUCUCAUUAAUUGAAGGGGAAACACCAGAUGAUGACAUUCACGUCUUGUCAGAUUCAGUUUUUAGCAGAUCAGAACAAUUCUUUCCCAUCUCUUUGAGCCCUAAUAACAGAUGUGACAGUCUUGUGAAAGGCAAGGUUUGCAGAACUCUUCAGGAGAGGACGAGCAGGAGAAAUGUUUAUCUGUUUUUGUCAAACACCUACCACAGUUUCCUCGCUCAAGGAUGAGGCAAACACUGUUCUGACUUGUGGAAAGAAUGGGGAAAUGCCAGGAACAGUAUACUGCUUUUGCUAUCUUUCUGCAUACCUUUCAGCAGUUUGGAAGUCUUCUUCCCAACCUCCUUGUGUCCUCUAGAAGUAGCAGGGGGCUAUUUCUAGAGGAUACAAAUUUUGCUUCCACUUCAAGGAUGGGAAUAAAAGCUAGAUUUGGUGGUGAGCACUAGUAGAUAUUUGGCUGGGAGCUGAUAUUUCUUGCCGUUCGCUUUUUGCCAUCAUAACAUUCCAAAGUGUACACCAAGAUAAAAAUGGUGAUAUGCACAUCAUUGUUUCCCGCUGCUGCACUAAUUCUGAGACACUCGCCUCAAAGCCAUCCUAGUUGUGUGGCAGUUUUUCCAGCACAACUUCCUGCCUCUCCUGAGCCUCAGUAAGAUAAUAUGAAAUAUAAGAGUUAGUUGAUAAUCCCAAGAAAUCCUCACAGAUCAGUUGAUCUGUAAUGCCCCUUUCUUUGCCCACUUCAUCCCCAAUUUGCCUUGUCUCUGUUGCUCGAUAAAUGGAGCAGCUUCAUCUUCACAGACUAAAAUGAGACUUCCCUGCCUUCAGGUAGAAUUGUCUUGAAGAAUAUGUCCCCAGAAUCUAUUUUAAAAACUUGCUAUUCCGUAUAUGCUAUAUUGAAGUUCUGUAACAUUAAAUGUAAUUUCAAUAAACAUUUUAUUUCUCUA